AUGUUCACUACUGCUGUAGUAGAUGACAUUAUAGACUGUUCAGAACAGCAGCAGGAGAUAAACAGCUUAAUGCAGAGAAAAAAUGCUGUGGAUGAGGAAAAUGCCCGUUUGAAGGAUGAAUUCGGUAACUUGAACUGGAAAUUUAAAGAUAAAAGCCAAGAACUUAAGGACACUGAGGAGUGUGCACAAAAGAAGGAAGAGCAAAACAGACUGGUUAUAAAAAACGUGGAGGAGGAAAACAAGGGAUUAAAUAUAUGCUGUGCUGACCUGCUAAGUGACCUGGAGAAACUGAGGAAGCAGGAGGCACAAUGGAAAAUUAAAUCUGGCAAUGAUGCCAAAAUAAAGAAUUAUGCUAAAUGCCAGGGUCUGGAAAUUCGUGGUCUGACACAGCUCUCUGGUGGAGCUCUGAACAUCACACUUAGAGGUUUGCUUGACUCACUGAGGCUUGAGCCUUGCUGUCUCAAGAAGGAGUUAGAGGAGCUACAGAAUCUUUACAGACAAAACAUUGGAGAUGCAACACAGCAGGCUGAGCUGAUAAAGCAGGUAGAGGCUCUCAAUGCUGAUACACAAAAAGUACUGCAAGACCAAGAAUAUGCUCACACAGCUAAAACAACAUAUCAGAAACUAUGUUUACAGAAAAAAAUGAAAAAAGCAGAUCUUAAGCUAGCAGAGCAUAAUUUGUACACUCCAGAUACUCUGGAAAGCAACAAUAUAAGGACUGGAAGAAAGCAUGAGGAACCACCUGUGAAAUGUUCAAGGUCUCUGUCCCCAAAGAGCUCUUUCAGAGAGUCAGAGGAGUCUCAAGAAUCUUUUGAGUUAAGAGCAGCCUAUGGAAAACAUGAAGAGAGGCUGCAGAUGUUACAGACCAACUACAGAGCACUAAAAAAGCAAUUAAAACAGUGGGAAGAGGGUGAUAGCAGGCUUGAAAAUAGUAAAAGCAGAUACCAAUGUACAGUCUCCUGUCAGCUUUGUCAAGAGGAUCCUGAUGUGAUGUAGAAUGAACUAUCUCUUUUUAAAAGGGACCAUGAAAAGCUCCCUUUGAUUGAGAAACUGAAUCUUGGAGAAAAAUUGAAUCAGAUGAAAAUACACCAAUCCGUGAAGCCUCUUUUUAAACUUAGUGAAGAUGAUGGGGUCAAGGGUAAUAUUCCAAAGAGGUAUAUGAGAGAAGUUUCACAUGAGAUGUUACAGAAGGUACAACAACUGGAAAGAAGAUUCAAAGCUAGAAGGGGAGUUAAAGAACAGAAAGAAGUAAAUAAAGACUUACUGAACGAGAACAUUUCUUAAUCUUUAAACACGCAAAAGGAAGAUGCAGACACAGGAAGAAAAGAGCUGGAAACACUACUUAAGAGGACUUGUGAAGUAAAAAAAGAAAAAGCAGAAUUUCAGUUAGUGAUUGAUGAGAAGGAAAAAGAGGCUGCCUCUUUGAAGAGACAAGUGACAAAAGCUAACAGGUUGAGAAAUGAAAGUGAAGAUUUGCUGAGUCAAGUGCAGGAGCAGAAGUGUUUGCCAGAUAAAGCCAAAGCAGUGGCAAUCUCUGGGCAAUGUAAUCGCAAGGUAACAGGCACUAAGGUUAAAUUAAAAACAGCCAAGAAAAAGAUCUCUUCGGGACAUCAUGGAGCUUUCCUCAAACAGUCCAUCAAGGUUAGGAGUAAUGUAUUUGAGAACUUCAGUAAGGACGGCUGGGAGGAUGUGAGUGAAAGCAGUGACUCUGAAAUACCAACUUCUGAAAGUUAGGAAACAGUGAUUGUGAAAGUGCAAAACAUUGAUCCAAUGCCAGACAGAAGCACACAAGAAGAACAAAAACCCUGCAUGAACAGAGCAAAAGGGAGAAAUAUCACUUUCCAGAAACUGGGCUACUCUGUUACCCUACUGCAGGAAAAAAUUAAGUCACUACAAAAGCAGCUAGCUGCAGAGUGGAAAAAAAGGACAGCAGUGACUUCCAUUAAAAAUGUUAAAGAAAUCAAUGAAAAAUUAACAAGUCAGCUACAUUUGGCUUAUCAGAGACUUCGAGUUAAUAAACUUGUAAAACAUGUGUUGACCUCCAACCUGGCCAAAUGGCAACAGGAGAAGGAAGAUUUAGAAGGAAAAUUAAAGUUGAGAGAACAUCUGUCUCAAACUGCUGGCAAGAGUGAAGCCAUACCAUCUCCUUCAAAGAACAUUGAUUUAGAGAUGAAACAGCUGCAGUGCAAACUAGAGAAUUCGAAUACUGGGGUCACUAAGCAAUCGACCACCAUGAAGUCACUGAAAAAACCCCAAUUCCAGGGGGAAGCGGAGUGGGCUGGGAGCUGCGAUCCGAGUCUGGUGCCGGUGCUCUCCGUUGUAAUUUCUCAGUUGGAGAGGGACCUUACUAUUAGAAAACAUUUGAUACAAGACUUAAGGUCUCUCCUAAAAGCAAAUCAAGAAAAUGAGAAAACCUCAAAUGAAACAUUAGAAAGUCUUGAGAGAAAGUUGAAGGCACUGGCUGAAGACAAAAAAGCUUCCAUUGAGUCAAUGAAACAAAAAUUUAAUGCAGCUAUGAAAGAGAAGUCUGAGUAUGAGGAGAUGUAUCACAAAGCUGAAGAUGAUUUGGAGUAAAAGGAUCUCAAGCUUACUAAACUAGAAAGCAAAUUGAUUGAGACUGAAUGUGCAAUGACUGAACUUGAAGAAGCUGCAUCUCAACAACUACAUGGCUUGGCUAAACAGAGUACACAGGCUUGAACACUACAGAAGGAGCUGCUGCUCACCAGUGACAAAGUAGAAGAGUUCAGGACAUUUGUGAAGACUCUAACUGGAGAGUUACACCACAGUGUACAAGAGCUGAGAACAAAAAUCAAACUGGCAAAAAAGAAAAAAAGGGAAAUGAAAGCAUGCAAAAAGGGUCUUUCCUAAGAGAGUCUUCAGCUGGCAGCAUCUAUCCUUAAUGUUUCAACAACUGAUCUUUAUGAAAUACUAUAAGAAGGAGAUGAUGAGGAAACAGCAAAGAAAAAAAUUGACUUUGAAAAAGAUAAAGAAUGGCUACAACAUAUCCAGAAACUUCUUGAAGUACAGUUUCCCUUUGCCUCAUACUUAAUGGAUGCUGUACUGAAAAAAUUAAGUGAGAAGAAGAAAUUGUUAGAAGAAUACAGUUCCCUCAUGAAGCAAUCUGUAUAUUCCUAA